UCCUGCGUCCUUUUCGAGACAUGCAUUUCAAGCCGCUAACGAUCUUCGCAAAACUUAUUGGAGCGACGUCUUCAUGUCUGUCGCCCUAGCUAGACGUCGCUCUCGCUAUGCAGCCAGAACUCGAUACACAGGAUCAACACAUGACUGCCAAAGCUGCCUACCAACCUGGAAGAAGUGUUAUACGGAGGAAGUCUAAAUCAGGGUGCGGGACCUGCAAAGCGCGAAGAGUCAAGUGCGACGAAACCAAGCCUGUAUGCUCUCGUUGUCGCUCCACCGGCCGGACAUGCGAGGGCUACGGACUGUGGGGUGGCGGAGGGAACACCUACGUUGAAAGAUACGGCCGAGUGUCAACAUCGAUCCAGAAGCCUCCAACCAAAGUCCUAGAUGUCGAGGAACUCAGGUAUUUACAGUUGUACAAGAUCCGGAUUGUCCAUACAACUUCCGGUUGGUUCGCAUCGAAGUUCUGGAACUCGAUUGUGCUACCAGCAGCGUCGUCAGAACCGGCUGUCCUUCAUGCUGCUGUUGCGUUGAGCGCUGCGCACAGAUGCAGUUUCGAUUCGGCGCAAGCUCCAGAUACACGGGAGAAGUUCAUGCUUCAACAGUAUGGCAAAGCGAUCCAGUCGCUACAGCCGCUGUUGCGGCGUGGGGACAAAGCCUCGGUCACUGUCAUAUUAGUGACCUGUCAGUUAUUCACCUUGCUUGAAUACCUCCGCGGGCAAUACCAACUGGCCGAAACACACUUACGGAACGGCCUAAAGCUCAUGAUAGACAUAACCGCCGAGAAAGAUCGCUCGCAUGAUGGCGUCCUCGUAAUUAAGCCGGCUUCAUAUGAGAAUAGCAUCGAUCAAGGGAUCGUACGCAGCUUUGCGACCCUACACAUGCAAAGCAAUCUUUUCGGUUCCAGUCUAGAAGAUCUCGAUGUGUUCUUGCAGCCGAUAGCAAACACCAUACCAUACCCUGCUUUUACGACGAUCGAGGAGGCGAAGGAUGCCCUUGACGUGCUAUUGCACGGCAUUGUUCUCAUUACACAACGAUAUCGUAAACUAGGGCCAGGUACUAAAGACGAAGUUGCUGCGGUUACAGCAGGACAAGAAGAGCUCACGACCUAUCUUGCGAUGUGGUACGAAACGUAUCUGGGUACACUUCCAUCAAUCGACAAAAUAGCCCUAGCUGCCGGAAAGAAAUCAAAUGAACCGUUGGCGUUCGGUGACAAGACGCCGCCAACAGAGCUCCCGACAGGCCGCGAACCAUCAGUCCUCAAAUUGCUACUCAUGUAUCAUGCCAUGGCGGGUAUAAUGUGCGGCUGUUUGCAAGUACACUCGGAGCAGCACUACGAAGCAUAUACGCAAGCGUUCCUCACGAUACUUGUACAUGCCAUCCACAUCUUUGAAGAGUAUUCUUUGGCAAAAUCCAUACCCGACAACGUCAAUCUCCAUGAUUCGAUCGGCGAAUACGGCUUCAUAGCGCCUUUGUAUUACACGGCUAUCAAGUGUCGACACCAUCGCAUUCGUCUUCAUGCUAUUCGACUGCUGCGGGUGGUUCCACUUAAGGAAGGAACGUGGGAUUCCUUCACGGCAGCUAAUAUUGCGGAAACAGUGAUGGAGGUCGAAGAGGAGGGAGAUUUCUAUGGGCUCAACCGUAAAGACGACUUCCCUCUAUCAGAGAUACCCAGUUUGGAAGACUCGUAUAGCUGGCCUUUGAUGCCAGAGCACAACAUGUUCCACGACGUGGAAGUAACAACACGGGAAGGCCUCGCGAACGAAGUCGUCGUUACAUGCAAAAGACGGCGACUCGACGGUAGCCCGGAAACCAUGACCUUCCACGCCAAUCCCAGACCCAGACGCAAUACCGACGACAAACGACAUUCUUAUACAUGAAGAGGACUGAUACAGCUAAAGAACAUCUCAUGCAUGAU